GGGUCCUCUGAACCUCCCGGAAAUGCAGAAGAAAAGCAGCGAGGAAGAAGAACAAGUGGAAAGUGAAAGUGGCGCGAGGCUACGAUUCACGCGGGAAACGGCUCUCAGGGCGGCUUCAUCGAGUCUGAGCAGCUGCUGAGGGACGACUGACUCGCCUGUUGAGACUGCGACUGCAGGAGGAGGAGGAUGGCCGGCUUUCUGGAUAACUUCCGCUGGCCUGAGUGUGAAUGCAUCGACUGGGGGGAGAGGAGGAACGCCGUGGCCUCCAUCGUGGCCGGAGUUCUGUUCUUCACCGGCUGGUGGAUCAUGAUCGAUGCAGCUGUGGCGUAUUCAACCCAGGAGCAGAUGAACCACGCCUUCCACACCUGUGGCGUCUUCUCCACCAUUGCUUUCUUCAUGAUUAAUGCAGUUUCCAAUGGCCAGGUGAGAGGGGACACCUAUGGAGAAGGCUGCCUGGGCAGGACAGGAGCUCGUCUCUGGCUCUUCAUCGGCUUCAUGAUGAUGUUCGGCUCACUCAUCGCCUCCAUCUGGAUCCUGUUUGGAGCCUACGUGGUGCCAAAGAAAGAAGUGGCUCCGGGGCUGGCUGUGUUCUUUCAGAACGCCUUCAUCUUUUUUAGCACUCUGAUCUACAAGUUUGGCCGGACUGAAGAUCUAUGGGGUUAAAAUGUCUGUGCGCACACACACACACACACACACUGUUUAAAUGUUUUGUAAUCUGCUGUAAAAUCAGAUGAAUUCACAGUUUUAGUAUUUUAGUGUUGCUUUUUAAAUAGAGACCCAUCAGUGCUGCUCCACACAGACUCACACAGCCUGGUGUAAAUACUGUUGAGUUUCCAUGUUUCACUUCACUGUGUGUCAGUUUCAGUGUGUUGGUGUAAAAUGAGGGAAUUCCUGCUCGCCGCUCUUCCUGUAAUGGAUGUUAAACUUAAAGUGUCACUCUGGGAGAUUUCAGCGCCUCACUUCCUGUUUAAAUGCUAAAGGUCACGUGUUUGCCUGUAAAUACAAGAUCUCUGACAGGAAGACGUAAAGAAAGGAGCCGGGAAUACCGGCGCCGUUCUGUGGGGGGGGUCACUGUAGAAAACGUGGGUUCGACUGUAAGCGGUCGACCGGGAAGUGAGCACAUUAAUGUUAGCCACACGUUUGAGACGUUUAAAAUACGAUUCUUUAUCAAGGCGUCGCCGAUGGCUCCAAAGUUUUGUUUCUUUACCAGGUAAAAUGUUUGAGAACCGUGUACAAACGUGACCUCACAUCGGAUCGCACUCAGUUUGGUUCCAGCUGAUCGGAUUGCAGACUGCACUUCCUGUGUCUCCUCCAUACAAAAGUCUAUUUGUCCAGGUAAAUGCUUUUAAUGUGACGCUGCAGUGGUUAAAUGAAAAUCCUCCAGGCUGGCACUUUAAGGGGGAGGGGCUAAUUUAUUUAUACAGCACAUUGUAAAAGGACGGUGACAGGGUUGUCUGUCUCAGCCCCGGUCUCAGUCCCACCCUGGUUGGUUUCCUGCUGACGGAUCAGUCGUCCUCAGAACUUUACUCCUGUUUGUGCCACAGAAAGUGUCCUGAGGUCAGACGUGUUACGGUCUCAGUGUUUGUCUCGAAUCGAUCGUGUGAACGCUGUAAACGACUCAUCGGGAUGCUUUACUCCCACCCGUUUGUAUCCUGAAGCUCGGGGCUGCAUGGAGCAAAAAUCUUUUUUCUGAAAUAAAAACUUAUAUUGUA